GGGGUUCCUCAGCAUCCCGGGGGAGGGCGAGGGGGGCACGGCUGGAGCGCCGCGCCGAUGUGUCCGGACGGGGCUGAGUCGCGCGGUGAGUGAGCGCCGAGGAGACCGCCGGGCGCAGGGAGGGAGCGGAGCCGCUGCCAGAGGUGGCCGCCAUUUUGCAGCGGUGCCUGAGCCUGCGGAGGGUCCGACGCCGUUCCCUGUGCCCCAGAACGUAGCUGAACCCAGGCCCCGUGCGGCCCGGCCCCGCCGCGGCUCCCCCGGAGUAGGUCAUUUACAGAAUCGAAAUGGUUGAAGCAGAUCGUCCUGGGAAGCUGUUCAUUGGGGGCCUGAACACAGAGACUAACGAGAAAGCCCUUGAGGCUGUAUUCGGCAAAUAUGGGCGCAUUGUGGAGGUCCUUUUGAUGAAAGAUCGGGAAACAAACAAGUCCAGAGGAUUUGCAUUCGUCACGUUUGAGAGUCCAGCAGAUGCAAAAGAUGCUGCCAGAGAUAUGAAUGGAAAGUCAUUAGAUGGGAAGGCAAUUAAAGUGGAACAAGCAACCAAGCCAUCCUUUGAAAGUGGUGGUAGGCGUGGGCCACCACCCCCUCCCCGAAGCAGAGGUCCUCCCAGGGGCCUUAGAGGCGCAAGAGGCGGAAGUGGCGCAAGAGGACCACCUUCAAGAGGGAGUCACUUGGGGUCUUCUCGAGGGCCACUUCCCAUGAAGAGAGGUCCACCUCCACGAAGUGGAGGCCCUCCACCUAAAAGAUCUGCACCUUCAGGACCAGUGCGUAGCAGUAGUAUGGGAGGAAGAGCUCCUGUGUCACGUGGAAGAGACAGUUACGGGGGUCCUCCGCGCAGAGAGCCAAUGCCAUCACGGAGAGAUGUCUACAUGUCUCCAAGAGACGAUGGCUAUAGCACUAAAGAUGGUUAUUCAAGCAGAGAUUAUCCCAGUUCCAGGGAUACCCGGGACUAUGCACCACCUCCCCGAGACUAUGCAUAUCGUGAUUAUGGUCAUUCCAGUUCACGUGAUGAAUACCCCUCCAGGGGAUAUAGUCUUUCCUCCUAUAGUGAUCGUGAUGGAUACGGUGGUGGACGUGACAGAGACUACUCGGAUCAUCCAAGUGGAGGCUCCUACAGAGAUUCAUAUGAGAGUUACGGUAACUCACGUAGUGCUCCACCUGCUCGAGGGCCCCUGCCAUCAUAUGGUGGAAGCAGUCGCUAUGAUGAUUACGGCAGCACACGAGAUGGAUAUGGAAGCCGAGAAAGUUACUCAAGCAGCAGAAGUGAUGUCUACUCAAGUGGCCGUGAUCGUGUUGGAAGACAAGACAGGAGUCUUCCCCCAUCCAUGGAAAGGGGCUAUCCACCUCCUCGGGAUUCUUACAGUAGUUCAAGCCGUGGGGCACCCAGAGGUGGUGGCCGUGGUGGAAGCAGAUCCGAUAGAGGUGGAGGCAGAAGCAGAUAUUAAAAACACGCUUAAACUUUUUGGACCAAGACAGAUUAUUUCUCAAAUGUGGAAGCUGUUCUAUCUUUACUACCAGAGGACUACUAAAAGGAAAAAUUGUUUUUAACCUUUUUUUAUUGUUGCCUGUUAAGUUUUCCCCUCCAUGACUUUUAUGCUUUUGUGAGGAAAAGUUGAAACAAUGUUUAAUAUCAUUUCAAAGUUGUUAACAUUUCUUUCAGAAAGCAGAUGUUAAAUGUAUGAGCUUGAGCUGUGUACUAGUGUUGUAGUUUUCAAAGUAAAGUUUCCCUGAAAUGCCACA